AUGUCUCAGACAGAUGAACCAAUUAUCCAGAAAAUUAGGAAGAUUACAAAACCAGUUCUCAAGGAUUUGACUAGAGAGAUUGCAGAUGUUCAUGGCAAAGGCCCCAUCUUUGGAUUUCAGCCAUUGGACUAUUCUUCGGAAGAAGAACUUGAUUAUGACUAUGGACAGAUAAAGAUAAACCCUGAAAUAUUUAAACUGAUAAGAGGCAAUAAAUUUAAGAAAUCAAAAGAACUUUUAAGAAGUUACGAAAUAGACCAAAUUAGGCAAGAAAGAGUCCUGUAUAGUUUCACUCUUGGAAGGAAGUUAUUCUCCAAGGAAAAUACUGAUAAAUAAAAUUAUGGAUAGAAUAGCCAAGUAAUAUCGGUUGUAUCAAUUCAAUAGCAAAGUUAGUGGCGUUUGAAGAAGAGUUCCAAAAAACCAAAGGAAAAGUGUACUUUCUUCAGGAUUUUGCUUUGGAAACUAUCGAGACAGAUAUCCAAAAGGACUUGAGGAAAUAAGUUGAGAAAGUCUAGAGAUAUGAAAAAGAUUCAGAGUGUAAAAUCCAGAAAAAACAACAUUAUUUACAGAAACAGUGAAAGUACUAUUAACUCCGAUGCCUUGUCGUCUUCUCAUCCAGAAAGUCACUCUACUCCUCCUAAGAAGAUAAAGAAGACUAAAAUUAGGCUUAAAAUGAAUGCAUGGAAAGUUUUUAAGAGGAAAGAGAAAGAAAUUAAUAAUAAGCAAACACUUGCUCUUCCAACUCAUAGCUUCAACAUGGGAAUGAGGGGCAAUUGGAAGUUUAAAUACAAUGUCAAGUCUAAACUACAUAAAAUGACUAAAGCAGUUGAAGGCAAAAGAAACUUUAAAUAUAAUAGUUUUGAAAAGAAGGACAUUCACAAAGGACUUAGAAUAUUUCAUCGACCAAAUAUAAAAACCAGGCUAAAUAGUAUAUCAAAGAUUUAUGAAGAGAAGUACAAAAAUAGCCAAAGGAAGUCUUCUAUUGAUUCUCAUAAGGAAAUUAAUAGUUAUUAUCUCGAAAGAGGUAAUAUGUACCGCAGAGCACGGAAUCAGAGCAUGGAUAAUCCAAACAUUGCUGAUAUUUCAGAACUACUGAAUUCAGAAAUUGAUGAAUCGUCAAUAAAAAGGGUACAGUAUAGAGGGAAAGCUAGAAAUCCUCCUUUCUUUGAUGUGAAUGAGAGAACAAGAAUGAAUAGAUCAAUAGUCUAA